AUGGCAGAUCGUCGAGCAGUUGACCCCCCGCCUGUUGUUCAGCUUAUAAUUUCACACGCUGUCGACCCGAAUGAACGCUACAUUAUAAACCCACAUUUCUUUAUGAAAGGUACUCUUAUGCCGGUCACAGAUAUGCAAGCUGGGACGUCUCAUGGAGCUUUACUGGCAGGCACUACUGUGUCAUCUUGUCAUCGCCUCAAAGAUCCCGAGACCGACGACUGGGGCGCAUAUUUCGUAUUUGGAGAUUUAUCCGCCAAGAUCGAAGGUAUCUUCGUAUUGGAGUUCAACCUUUACGAAAGCCACGAAGACGAAGUUGUUUGGUUGGGAUCGAUUUCGUCCGAUCAAUUUACUGUAUAUUCGUCGAAAGCCUUUCCCGGAAUGAUGGAGUCGACCACUAUGACAAAAAAAUUCCAGGAACAGGGCCUCAAGUUGAGGGUUCGUAAGGAGCCUCGGUCGUUGCUCAGAAAGCGUGGUCCUGCCUUUGAUGACUAUGAGCCCAAGAAGUAUCGCGCUCGUAUUCAGGAGCCAGAAGAAGAGCCAGAUUCUCCCGAGGCGAGCAAAUACAGCGAACAACAACAAGUCCUCAAUCAGAGUGCACACAUGCAGAAUAGAUACUCAGGCUAUUCCCAAGAAUCCUCAUCGCCGGAGGAGCGCCGAUUAAAACGAGUUAGGACCGAUACCCUUUCAAGCCAAUCGCAAAGUCCAAACUUUAAUCAACCGACAUCCGCCGAAUCACUUCAAUGGCAAAGAGGAUACGCCAAUGCACAGCAACAGCACCAACACCCUGCCUUUGCUGGCCAUCAAAUUCCAAGCCAGCACCCUUUGCAGAGCUAUAAUGAUUAUAAUUCGUCAAAUUACGCACAUUCUCCCCAAGAGAUGACUACACCGGUUCGAGAUCAGUUCUUUUCGAAUCAACUCUCCAAUACCCACCUCAGUGACUCGCCGCAGCCCAGAUCUUUACAAUUCGAGAUGAGUAACCAGCGACCAUCUCCCACAUACUAUCAUCCACAAUCUCAUGGUUCUAUGCACUCGACAGUCCCUAUAUUGUCAGAGCCUAAUCCCAUGAGUCACAGACAGGCAGCCAAUUACCAGAAUAUGGGAUAUCCACCAAGAACACAUAUUUCACACGGCAGCCUCUCUGGUAUGCUACCGCCGUCGAACAAUGGAAGAUAUCCUGCGGCCCCUAGUUUUUCUGGUUAUAGGAGAGAUACGUCGUAUGAGACGCUGCCUGGACAUGGACUUGGGAUAGGACAAUUUCCAGACCAGAAUGCAUUUGGCACUCCAGUUAGGGAUCCGUACGAAGGCCGACCCUCCGCACAUGUUGUGACCACAUCGCAACCCGGGUAUUAUCAAUAA